AUGCAGAAGUGGAGGCAGCAACAGCCGUCUGCGCCAAACGUCCAUCGCAACAAGGUUCCGAUGCACCUCUGCUUGAAUUUGGUGGGCAGCAAUGAAUUCACCUCAGAAGAGGUUGAAGCAGCUUUCCUCGAGUGUCUCCAGAGAACCACAAGAUGGUGUAGAGAGGUAGGUAUUGCAGUGCUUACAGUUUACGAUCGCGACGCUUACCUUGUUGCAACGAGCUUCCCUAUCAGGUGUCCUUGUCUGCUGGAGAUGCCGGGUGAAGACAGUUGUGAGUCAGAGGUGGAAUACCCCCUGACCCCUCCACUGUCAGAGCCUUCUAUUUCGAGAAGCCAGUCACCCGAGUCUGCCAAGUUACAUCAAGGACUUGCUGUGAUCACGUUCAAGACGCCCUUUAGCGGACGUUUGCACAAGCGAAGACACGUUGCUGUUCGCCGACGCCCAAAAAGUGAGCCUUGGCGGCGUGCUCCCUCCAACUACUUCUCAUCACAGAUCAUAGAAGAUUCGACCUCACGGUUGAACAGUCUCACUAUUCAUAUGGCAUCGCGUAGUUCAGGGAAACCCGCCAUCGCAUGUGCAGCCCGCUCAUUACUGAAGGGUUAUGUGCAAAACAGGGGCGCAGCAGGGGGUGUGCCACCAGAGAACCGUGUGUUUCAACUGUCAUCCUCUGAACUUGGACCGUUGUUAGAAGGUUUCUUGCCGCCACCGGACCUUAUGAUUGUUCACAGCAUUGGAAAAACUAAGUCACCGGCACCACCCCUAGAGAUACAUGGAUUCCCACCCUGGCAAAUUAUGCUUACAGAAUUCGAUUACACUCGUCCAGAAGACCUGGGAGAGUCCAAACUACCAGAUGCCGAGUCACCAUGUACUCCUAUGCUCAUAUCUGAAACAGCUUUUCGUCGCGCGUUGGAUGAAUAUGCCGAUGCACAGUUUCGUUUAGGACGAUAG